UAUUUGAAAACAAAUUUGUGAUUCUUAUUGCUUAUUUCAUUUGCUUGUGUUUUACUUGAUAAAUUCUUUGAAGUGAAGUUGAGAAAUAUUUUAAUCUUGUUUUGCGGUUAGGAGAUAGCUUUCUGUGAGUAUUGUUUUAUCCUGUUUUGUGGUUAGGUGGUAACUUUCUGUGAAAUGUUUAGUGAUGUAUCGGCAUCAGUAUCUACCGGGUUUUCGUUUGUUUUAAUUGCUGUAUUGAGUGAUAUGAUUUUGGUGAAUCGUUUUGACCCUGUUUCAUGCUUGUUUGAUCUUUAGCUGUGAACAUUGUGUUUUAUAAUUGUUUUUUCACUUUUUCUGACAGUGUAUUAAGGGAUUUGAAAUGUUGAUUCAGCUUCACAGUCUUGCAAGGGCAUUAAGCAGAGACGUGGCGCAGUAGAGUUGCCAUUAAGUUAGGAUAUAUAAGUUGCUAUCCACAGCAGGAACUUGUAAUAUCGGACUUUAGUAGUUGGGUCUGUUAGAUAGCUGACCGAGGAAAGGGGUUCUGUUUUGUUGGCGGAGUUGAUUAUUGUUUCUUCUUUUUGGCAUGUUAAUCACUGUAUUUUCUAUGCAAAAAUAGUUACUAAAGAAUUUCUUCAUUAUUCACAUGUCAAUCAGCGAUUGGCGGGUAUCGGUUUCCUUAAGCUCAGUCUGGACAGAAUUCAGGAUUCCAUAUAUUGAUGCAUCUUGAUAAUAAGAAAUAUGAAAAGAUGGUAUGGUGGUGUUCUGAUUGCAUCCUUGUUUAUGUUGCUGGUUCUGAGGUAUGGACUCAUGAAAGAUCCUACCGGGGAAAGUUAUGUGACGAGUGCUUUCUCUAAUGGUACUAAUCCUCUUCAAUGGGUGCAAUUGACACUUCCAUCAACUACUAAACGUCCAGGGAAUUCUACUCAAGUGAUUUCCAUUGAUACCAUAAUCUUCAGUUUGUUUGCUCAGAGGAAUUUUUCCAGUGAAGAAGAAGUAUCUUUGCAGACAUGGAAUCUACUGAAACACUUGAUAGAUCAAGCUCAGCUCUUACCAAAUGGAGUAGAUGCCAUUAGGGAAGCUGGGAGUGCAUGGAAUAACCUUAUGGCUUCAGUUGAAGAGGAAAGACAUGGCAAUGUAAAUGAAAGUUUAAAUGGAGGAGCAAGAGAGAAGCAAUGCCCUUAUUUUCUUAACAAAGUAAAUGCCACAGCCCUUGAGAGCAAUGGCUUUAAGCUGCGGCUUCCUUGUGGCAUGACGCAGGGUUCUUCAAUUACAAUUAUAGGCAUUCCAAAUGGUCUUCUUGGAAAUUUUAAAAUCGACUUAACUGGGGAAGCUCUUCCUGGGGAGCCUGAUCCACCCAUAAUUUUGCAUUAUAAUGUUAGGCUUCAUGGUGAUAAAGUAACUGAGGAUCCAGUAAUAGUUCAAAACACAUGGACUGUAGCACGUGAUUGGGGUGAUGAGGAGCGUUGCCCAUCUCCUACUCCUGAAAAGAAUAAGAAAGUUGAUGACUUGGAUCAAUGUAACAAGAUAGUGGGGAGAAAUGGUACUCGUGUAUCUAGCAGGGAUUCCAAAGGUUCAAGAAGGUCUGCAAUGGUUCAAGAGGGAUAUAGAAACAGAAGAUAUUUUCCUUUUAAGCAAGGUUAUCUCUCUGUUGCAACGCUUAGAGUAGGAACAGAGGGAAUCCAGACAACAGUUGAUGGAAAGCACAUAACAUCUUUUGCAUAUCGCGAGACCUUGGAGCCGUGGCUGGUUAGUGAAGUUAGGAUAUCUGGAGACUUGCAGUUAAUAUCUGUUGUGGCCAGUGGUCUGCCUACGUCUGAGGAUUCAGAACAUGCAAUUGACUUAGAAUUACUUAAAUCAGCUCCUCUCUCACCAAAAAGACCGCCACAUCUCUUUAUUGGUGUUUUCUCUACAGCUAACAAUUUUAGACGCAGAAUGGCUGUUCGCAGAACUUGGAUGCAGUAUGCUGCAGUUCGGUCAGGCGUGGUAGCAGUGCGUUUUUUUGUUGGUUUGCAUAAAAAUCAAUUAGUGAAUGAGGAACUUUGGAGUGAAGCUCAAACAUAUGGAGAUAUACAGCUUAUGCCUUUUGUGGAUUAUUACAACCUGAUCACCUGGAAAACUUUAGCCAUCUGCAUUUUUGGGACAGAGGUUGCAUCAGCAAAUUAUGUCAUGAAGACUGAUGAUGAUGCAUUUGUUCGAGUGGAUGAAGUGCUAGCUUCUUUGAAGAGGACUAAAAUGAGUCAUGGCCUGCUUUAUGGACUGAUCAACUCUGAUUCUCAACCUCAUCGGAAUCCUGACAGUAAAUGGUAUAUAAGCCCCGAGGAAUGGCCUGAAGAGAAAUACCCACCAUGGGCACAUGGUCCAGGCUACGUGGUAUCCCAAGACAUUGCGAAGCAAGUUUAUCGGAGAUACAGAGAAGGUCGUUUAAAGAUUUUUAAGCUAGAAGAUGUUGCAAUGGGGAUCUGGAUAUGGGAGAUGAAAAAGGAAGGUUUGAAAGUUAGUUAUGAAAAGGAUGAGAAGAUACAUAAUGAAGGGUGCACAGACGGUUAUACGGUAGCUCAUUAUCAAGGUCCUAGGGAGAUGCUUUGUCUGUGGCAGAAACUUCAAGACGGAAAUGGUCCUAAAUGUUGUGGUGGUGAUCGAUAAGCUUAAUUCACACGAGACGUUAACCAGUUUUUGAGAUGAUCUUGACCCGGAGUGCGCGGAUACUGAUUACUCGGAGAGAUAGUUUAAUUAGCAUUAGUAGAGUAGAUGUUUACUAUUGUAUAAUUAUACAUCACCAGGCUUGGUGAUUAGAUGAGAUAGUACACUUGUAUAGAAUCUAUGUAGUAGUAGUAGUAGGCUAUACAAAUCAAUCAUCAAUUCUUUUACCCUCUCAAUCAACAUGCAUUCUUUCUAUUAA